UUGGAAUGAAGCUCAGGACGCAUAGCUCAGACGACAAAAAAAUAUGGAUCUUAUUGUUUUAUAAACGAGAGUCUCCUUUUUUUCUGACUUACAUUACCUUUAACUGUGGAUCUGUGGUUUUUUGUCUUUUUUAAAAUAUGUUUUAAGAAUAUCAAAUAAUCAGCAGUCCAACCCAGGACCACAACAGCGUUCCGGGAGCAACCUGCCCCUCCCGUGUUACAAAUACCUGGGAACUCUGUUAAUAUGCUUCGAUCGGACAGUGUUUACUCCAACUCCCUCCAUUCAAGGCUUGUGUGGUCCAAGAAUAGCCGCUGCUUGAACAGUCAGUGCUUAAAACGCCGGGCUGCGGGGAAGGAAGUGACAUGCUACCUUCCACUCACUACACACACUUGGAGAGAUUAGCGCGCAGGCAGCGGUAAUCUGGUUUCAGGACCACGGCCAGAGACUCCGUUUGGCCACGAAUCGUGUCGAAAGUUUCCUCCAGCGGGCUGCGAAACCUUUACAAACACCAAAGAGUGUCAAGAAGUUCAUCUGGACGUUAAGGACUCUGGCAAAGUGGGGCUGACCAUGUUUGAUCGGUUGAUUUUAUAUAAAGCCAGUUGAAGCAAAUUAAAUCUGGGCAAUCAGUGUCGCUGACUAGGGGAAACUGCGGGUUAAGGGGUCUGGUGAUCAAGUAAAAUCAAGUUGUUGUUUUUUUUUUAUGUGUGAGUAAGAAUCACGGGGCGGAGGGAGUAGAGGAGAAGGCUGUGCGCUCUGUCGGGAGCGCGCAAAGACUGCACAUUGGUUGGAUCCUGGAGUCGUGAGGAUGGAGAUCCGGCCGGACAGGUUUAAGGUCGCGGCAGCCAAGACUCUCGGGAAAAUAUACGGAGCUCUUGAGAAGAAGCAGGAAAAUGGUGAGACCAUUGAGUUGUCGGCGGAGGGCCGGCCGGAGCAGGUGGAAGAGAAGGAGAUGCCCGUGGUGGACUGCACAUGCUUCGGCCUGCCCAGGCGCUACAUCAUCGCCAUCCUCUCUGGCAUCGGAUUCUGCAUCUCCUUUGGUAUCCGGUGUAACUUGGGUGUGGCCAUCGUCAGCAUGGUCAACAGCCACACCAUCUUCAGAGACAACAAGGAGGUCAUAGUGAAAGCUCAGUUUGACUGGGAUCCAGAAACAGUGGGAAUGAUCCACGGCUCCUUCUUCUGGGGAUACAUAGUAACCCAAAUCCCAGGAGGGUUCAUUUGUCAAAAGUUUGCAGCAAACAGAGUGUUUGGCUUUGCUAUAGUGGCCACGUCCUGCCUGAAUAUGCUCAUCCCUGCAGCAGCACGGAUGCAUUUUGGCUGUGUUAUCCUUGUCAGGAUUUGUCAAGGACUUGUGGAGGGGGUUUCAUAUCCAGCCUGUCAUGGUAUUUGGGCAAAAUGGGCACCACCUCUUGAAAGAAGUCGCCUGGCCACCACAGCCUUUUGUGGUUCUUAUGCUGGUGCUGUGAUUGCCAUGCCAUUAGCUGGAAUCCUAGUCCAGUACUCAGGAUGGUCAUCAGUCUUCUACGUCUACGGAAGUUUUGGGGUCAUGUGGUAUUGCUUCUGGUUCCUGGUGUCAUACGAAAGUCCAGCAGCUCAUCCCACCAUCACUGAGGAGGAGAGAAAAUACAUUGAGGAAAGCAUUGGCGAGACGGCCCAAUUUACAGUAACGAAAUUCAACACACCGUGGAGGGCCUUCUUUACGUCCAUGCCAGUGUACGCUAUCAUUGUGGCUAAUUUUUGCAGAAGCUGGACUUUCUACUUGCUGCUUAUCAGCCAGCCUGCAUACUUCGAGGAAGUGUUUGGGUUCGAGAUUAGCAAGGUGGGCAUAGUUUCUGCACUUCCCCACCUUGUCAUGACCAUUAUCGUGCCCAUUGGUGGCCAGCUUGCUGACUAUCUGCGCUCCAACCACAUUAUGACCACAACUAACGUCAGGAAACUUAUGAACUGUGGAGGGUUUGGGAUGGAGGCAACCCUGCUUCUGGUAGUGGGCUUCUCUCAUACGAAAGGUGUUGCCAUUACAUUCCUGGUUCUGGCUGUGGGUUUCUCAGGCUUUGCAAUUUCAGGUUUCAAUGUCAACCACCUGGACAUAGCGCCGCGCUAUGCUAGUAUCCUCAUGGGUAUUUCCAACGGUGUGGGCACUUUGUCUGGUAUGGUUUGCCCACUUAUAGUUGGUGCCAUGACAAAGCAUAAGACACGGGAGGAGUGGCAGGGUGUGUUUCUUAUUGCCUCGCUUGUCCAUUACGGAGGUGUUAUAUUCUAUGGCCUCUUUGCAUCAGGAGAGAAGCAAGCUUGGGCGGAGCCAGAGCAGCUGAGCGAUGAGAAAUGUGGAAUCCUGGAUGAGGAUGAGCUGGCAAACGAGACAGAGGAGCUGUAUCGCACAAGUGGCGGAGCAGGCUACGGAGCCAUGAACCAGGGAGCGGAUCCCAACGGAGGCGGAGGCAUGGGAGGAGGAGGAGGAGGUUGGGUCUCAGACUGGGACAAAACUGAGGAAUAUGUCCAACCAGCUGGAACCAAUAAUUACCUUUAUGGAGGAGAGGGGGACCGAUAGUUAACAUAAAACCAGCAGACCCUCAGCCCAUAGCCUUUAGUGAGGCAGAAACAGUACAUCAACAGUCUGGAGUUUCACCUGAUGGCAUGAAGAACUUUGAAAGUGAGGAUUUAAAAUGGAAUGCGGGAGGGGACCAUUUUCAGCAAGUCUGACUGUAUUAUCAUAACUGAACUGAAUUCAAAGAAACUCCACAAUGAAGGUGAAGACAUUAGUAAAUGUAAAAUGUGUGUUUGUGUGUGAUUGCAAUUGUGUACGUUGUGUGACAGACAAUCUAAGUAAGAGUGUUUUAGGACUCAUCGGCCUCCCUGCAAUCUCUCUUGGUGGAGGGCCGUGUUUUAGGCCUGGUGUGGCUUUCUUUGAUGUUUAUUCAUUGUAAUAAUUGUAGGAAUUUCUAUAUUAUCUGACAGGAUUUGGAUUUUAUUUGUAUGCCUCUCACUUAUAUCUGAAUCAUUCAAGAUUACAAUUCUCUAGGUGCACAUUGGUCACAAGCACAUUUCUGUUGUUGGGUGAAAAGCUAUUGAGUUUGUUUUAUUGGUUUUAAAAAUGUUUUAUAAACGGUUGUAGAAUUUCCACCUCCACUGAAGUUAAGACGGGAAAUUACCAAAACUGGAGCUACAAGGUUUUCACAUAAUGGUACACAAUUCCUAAAGUUUUUUCCUUAAUGUGCACACUUUUAAGAAAAAGCAUGUUACUUGUGCCAAUACAACAAAAUAUCUUGCUCUGUAGUAUUGGUUUACUCAUCUACUGAGAAAGUAAUUGAACACCUGCAAAUAUUACUGCACACAGAUUUCUGUGAGGUCUAAAUAGCCCAUACUGACAUUUGUAGAUGCAGGAUUUUGAUUUCCUCAAGAAAAAAUGUUUUAUGUCAUAGGCCUCGAACCUGUCUACCUGCUGACAAACUGGGGGAAUAAAAAUGCCUCGUAUAGGACUAGAAGGAAUGUGAUUAUCCAGGGUAAUAACAAAUCCCCUAUCAAAUUAGUUGCAUAGCUUAGAGCCACUUUCAUUUCUAUCAGGUCUCUUUGAGACUGUUCUCUUCAAAAUCCAACAUCUGAAUUUAUUCAAUAUGCUUUACAUGUAAUGUAUGCUUCAUUAAUGUUAUAUAUAUAUAUCAUGUUACUGUUAUUUUUAGGCUUUCAUGCUCUGAGUGUAAACAUCAGUAAGAGCACCAUAUAUCCUAAGAACCUCAACAGUUUCCAGUCUAUGCUCUCUGUCGCGGUGGCAAAGCAGAAAAUACACUGAGCCGAGGCUGUUGUGUGGUGCCAGUUAUGUAGCACAUGUCAAAAUGAAAGAAUAUGAGAAUGUUAGACACGUAGAGCUUAGUCGAUCUUGUUUAAAGGUACACUUUCGUUACCCUUCGCUUUAUUUUAUAGUGCAGCAAGCUGAAGAUAUUAAAUGAUCAGUAAACAAAAGACCAAUUAAAAAUGAAAGUCUGAUAAUGGACAACAAACAAUGACGUUUCACUGUACAAUGCAAUUUGUUUUUUUGUUUUUUUCUUUUGGUGGUAGAUGUAAUGUAUCUAGCUAGCCCCAAAAUUAAGGUUUGAAGAUGAAAAAAUAUCCCUGUGUUAGAUCAUGGGUGGAGUUCAGUGAUAGAGUAAAUAUUUAAAUGUAAAGGUUUUUAAAAAGUUUUUUUUUUUCAUUCAUUUAUUGUUAAAUGUUUUGUUUUGGAUUGUAAACUAAAGCUGUAUAUGUAAAAAAUCAUGUACAUGUGGAAAAUAUUGUAUAAUAAAACCUAGAGGUGA